AUGUCGUCUAUACCUCUCACGAAAGCAAACCAAAACAAGGAGAACGCGCUCCGUCCGAAAUCGCAGGAUGUGCACAACGAAAAGACACUGGCGCGGCACACGUCCAAGACCGUGUUGAGAACGAAAUCGUCGAACUCCAUUGUGAAACCACAGGACUUCGGCAAUUACAACAAGAUCAGAAAGACGUCUACUUUGGGCGAUGUGGACCUGUUUGAGCCCCAGGAAAACGUCAAGACGGGUGCUCGCAAGUUUAAGGUCCAGCGUGAUUCGCCAUUGUCGAACACAAAACAUAAAUUGCCUCUCAAACACGAACCUGAACUUGAUGACGAAAUCGAGAUCGUGCCUGCCAAAGAGGACGAACUGCCAUAUAUCCCAGAUAACUUGGAACCGCUUCCCGAAGACCUUCUUGAAGACACACUGAAGGGCAAGACCAGAUCGAAGAACGCUAAGUCUCUGAACGACCCGCUGGAGCUGGAUCUAUCCUAUUUGCAAGACAUGGAGCAACAGGACGCUGAAACUACAGAAAAGCCUUUGGAACUGGUGCUUGAGUUCCCUGAAGAAGGACAGGAAACAGAAUCGAAGAAACUCGACCACAUUCUCCAGGACAUGGAGCUGCAUUCCCACUACAAGCCAAAGAGACUCUAA